UAUCUUUCAUUUUUCAAUCUCUUGCUCAUUCAUCGCCAUGUCCACUCCUCAAGAGAUCUUCAAGGCUAUCGCCACCAUCCCUUCAUACUCGGACGCUGUUAUCCUUCCAAAUUCAAAAGAGAAUGCUCUAAACAUCCAGGUCUUUCUUUCGCAAAGAGAUCUCGAAAGAAAUGUUAAGCGCAAGUUUACGCGUACAGUUAUUGCCUCGUUUGCGCCGAAUAAGUUCACUCCGUUGGUCUUAAGCGGGCCUUCUGUUGAUACAGGCGAUGCUAUUGCCCAGGCCACUUCACCGUCUGGUAAACUCGUAGCUGUUCUGCGCUCUGUCAAUGGCGAGAAAAAGAGACACUUUGUCGAGAUCUGGUCUGAAGGCUCCAUUCUUCAUUUACUGGAGGCUACUUCCAUUCAUGACGACUUUUAUGCGGAUUCGACAUUCGGAACGCUCGAAUGGUCGCCCGAUGAGACCAAAGUUGUUUAUGUCGCAGAUCGAAAGAAGAGUGAAAACGCAGUGGAAAAAUAUGCAUAUAAACCCGAUUGGGGGGAGACAUUCACUGGGAAGCGUGAGCCUUCCUUAGUUAUUGUUGACGUUGUGACCUUGGAAAUCAAGAUCCUUGACCGCUUGGAAGGCGACAUGAGCCCUGGGCAAGCCAUCUUCUCGCACGAUUCCAAUUCACUCAUCUUUACAGGGUAUCACCGUGAUCCUCAGUUUCAUGGAAUUGUGUAUUGCCAAAACAGACUUACUGGACUUUAUCAGAUUAACCUUGACGGCACUGGUCUGAAGCAUCUAAUCGGAGAUAUCAAGAGCGCAAGGUCUCCAAGAUUAAAUAAGGAGGGCACAACCUUGGUGUUCUUGUCAAACCAAGUGAACGGACCGCAUGCCAGCUGUGCCAAGUUGUGGAAACUUGAUAUCGCUUCGGGCAAGGUUUCAACUGUGGUGGACUAUGUUCGGAAAGCAGAUGAUAAGACGGGGUUCCCUGGCCUUUAUAUAGACCAACUCCCCAAACAAACCUGGAUAUCGUCUACAAAAAUUAUUACAUCUUCCGCAUGGCGUACUCGCCGUACACUACUUUUGAUUGAUACCGAAUCCGGCGCUGUUGAGGAGUUAACUCCGCUGUCUCAGUACCCUGGUGCUGUCACUGCACUAUUUGCUAACUCGCAUUGGAUUUUGGCUACAUACUCGACACCUACAGAGCCUUGGGCGUUGUGGUUGGGCCAGAUUGAUGCAAGCAAUGGAGGCAAAGACCUGAAGGUCAACUUCACAAUCCUAGAGAAUAGUAAAUCCGAGAAGGCCAAGCCGUUUUACCAACCUCACUCAUGGUCUAUUGUAGGUAACAUUCCAGGUCAAUUGGAGAGUCUGGAAGCAUUGUAUCUGCAUCCCUUUAAGUCAGAUAGCAAUGCUCAGCAAACCAGCGCAGUCGGUGGAUCCAAGCCACCUUUGGUGAUUUUCCCUCAUGGAGGGCCCCAUUCGGGAUUUACAGCUGAGUUUUCAGCCUUGAGCUUGGUCCUUGUUGGACUGGGGUUUGCUGUCGCUUGUGUCAACUUUACAGGAAGCCUUGGAUUUGGACAAGACAAUGUUGAAGCGUUAGUCGGAAAGGUCGGCGACCUAGAUGUCAAGCAGUGCGAAGCUGUUCGUGACCAUAUUAUAUCUCUAGGCGAGGUAGAUCCCGAACGCACUUGCUUGACAGGAGGAAGCCAUGGUGGAUUCAUUGUUGCGCAUUUGCUGAAGGACCCCAGUUGGAAGGCCGCUGUAUUACGUAAUCCUGUUACAGACAUACCUGCCAUGACAGGUGUCACCGACAUUACGGAUUGGUGCUAUGCUAUCAACGCCCUGUCUUAUGAUAUGGAAUCGCCGCCUACUUCCACGUUGUCGAACCUAGAGUGGUUCACCAAGAUGCGCCGUGCCUCACCAAUGGAGCAUGUUGAAAAAGUGGUGACUCCUACCUUAGUAUUACUGGGAGCAGGCGACCGUCGUGUGCCACCUAGCCAAGGAAUAUCGUGGUGGCAAGCGCGUCAAAACUCAAUCAAGAAGGAGAGCCGCGAGAAGAAUGCAUCUAUCAAUAAGAUCCAGAUCUUUGAAGGCACAGGCCAUGCUUUGGAUUCCGUAGAGGCUGAGAGUAACUCAACCUAUAAUCUUGCUAACUUCUUGGUCGAGUAUACUCGCAUCGACAAACCCGCGACCGAAACUGGCCGUCAAGGAGAGGGUGGACGUGGCGCCUAUAUAUAAAUUAUAGAUAGAAAGGGGAAACAAUGUUCAAGAACACACACA